CUGGGAACUGCACGACCUUAUAAGAGGGUUUUCGAGCUCCUGAAAAAAUACGGCGGCGACGGGAGGAUGGUGCAAUCCUGCUCUGCCUACCGUUGCCGGAAUCGAUACGACAAAGAGAAGCCCAUCUCCUUCCACAAAUUUCCUCUCACAAGACCUGAUCUCUGCAAGAAAUGGGAAGCAGCUGUUAGAAGAAAAAAUUUCAAGCCAACAAAAUAUAGCAGCAUUUGUUCGGAACACUUUACUCCAGAUUGCUUCAAAAGGGAAUGCAACAACAAGCUACUGAAAGACAAUGCUGUGCCAACAAUAUUUUGCCACACUGAACCAAAUGUGAAGGCUGAAGGCACUCAGGAACCAGCUGAAGAGCCAUCUCCCCCUUCUCCUUCACCUCCACCACCCGUACAAACUGAUCCAAGACUAGUAGAUCCCAGCAUUGGAUUGUUAAUGCCUCCACUUCACACCCCCAAUAAUAUUGCUGUAUUUUGUGAUCACAACUAUACUGUAGAGGAUACGGUACACCAGAGGAAAAGAAUUCAGCAGCUGGAAGAGCAGGUGGACAAACUGAGGAAGAAACUUAAGACUGCACAACAGCGAUGUAGACGUCAGGAGAAACAGAUUGAAAAACUGCGAGAGCUUGUUCAGUUUCAGAAGGAAAAAGACGUGCUGUCGGGCAAAGGGGGUUAUGUGAUUCUGCCCAAUGACUACUUUGAAAUUGUAGAAGUACCUGCCUAAGAAAGUUUACUGUUUAUGGUGCACUGCCAGGUUUAACC